AAUUAAAUAGCCAUAAUAAUAGGAUCAAUUUUGGAGGCACACACAAUGAUCAGUGCAUAGUAACGUGGAGUGCAUCAAGCGUUAAAAAUCGCCCGAGUAAGUACCGUUAAAGCUGUAAAUACCUACUGUUAUCGAUCGGUUUAAUCUUCUACAUAGAUUUAAAUUUUACCCAGAUCUACCACGGGCCUCGUUAGCAACGAAAACACCGACAUUAAUACUAAUUCCAGAGGAAAGUUAAUCGUACACAGAUAAAAUCCGUUAGGCGAUGCCGGCUACAGUAAGCCAACAGCCAAACGUUAGUAAAAAUUCGUCGGAUUUAUAUCCGCACUUAGUGGAGUUUAAUCCAAGCCCAAAAACUUUAACGUGGGAAAGAUUGGAAAACAGAAGAUUGGAAAGAUUGGGUCUUGGCGCUAAAAGAUAUUCCAGACAUUUUCAGAGAUUCCAACGAGAACCAACAACAAUGUCGAAUCCGGAAUUUUCGAAAAGUCUGCUACAAUCGAAAGAAGGCGGUAAAACUCAACAGUAUGUCAUAAUAGGAGGUGAAAAGGUGCUUGUCAAUUCAUUAGCUCCGUUUUUUACGGAAGAAAAACCAACUUGUGGUUUCUUCUUCAGUCGUGGAACGGACAAUAAGAAAAAGAAGUUUGGAAUUCCUGCUAGUGAUCUUGUAAAGUGGAGAUCAGCACAGUAAGUGAUAAUGAUAAAUAUUAUAACUUUUUUCGGAACAGACAUUCGGAGCAUCUUUUAUUCGGAUUUGUUCAGGAGCAUUGUGAACUAUUUCGAUUUUUCAGAUAGCUGAAAUCAUUUAUUUGCAUUGAUGAAGAUUCAACCGCUGAGAUACCGCGGUGGAGUGGUUUGAAACAAGGAUUUAAGCUUUGACAGUUCUGUUGAUCGUGUAUUUUUAUCCAUACUUUGUGCAGUUCAUAAACUUUUGCAAAUAAUUAUAUAUAUAUAUUGCUUUUGAACUCUGUCUAUGUUUGCCGGAAUCUGGGUGCGCUUCAUAUACAAUUUACCGCAUCAGUAUUAUAAAAUGCGUGUUGCUCAUAUAUAACUUUUGUUUCUUUUCUUGAUUUUUUUCUGUUAAUCUUUUAUAAAUGUUUAUAAUUGUUUUUAUUAUGUCAAUCGUUUUUGUUUAAAGAUUUUAUUUAACUUAAUUUAUAGUUUAUUUCAUUGAUUUUCUUUAAUGUAUCUGUUUGCACAGGUUGUCUAAUGUAAAUAAACAGACAGUCCCAUAUGCAUGCAAUAAAUCUUUUAUUAUAAAAUUAUAAAA